AUGUGUGGGUCAGUGUUCAGGUUGAUUAUCUCUGAGAGUGACAGUCAGCUCACCUGUGUGAUAGAAUGGCCUUUUCGCCGUUAUUAUGUAGUCGUUAUAUAUAGUAUUCAGGCUCAAGAUUGGAAGUCUGGUCUUGCAGUUGGACUCUACCUCUGGACCCAGAUUUAAUUUGCUGUAUAAUGUGUGCAUUCUGGCAGUAAAUUGCUCAUUGAAUCAGAAUUUUAAUCACUGUUUUUUACACCUCUGUAUCCUGAUAUUAAAUGAGUGAUUGAAAUAUUUAAAGGUAUAAGAUAAUGAGAGAUAUAGUAUAUACAGGCAUGCAAUAAUUGUGCUCUGUGUACAGUGUGGUGUAAAUUCAGUUCAGUACGGUAGAAUACAGCAAAAAUGUCUGUAACAAUAGACCUCGAUUACAUUGAGCGCAUUUUACGUCCUCAAGCUACUGGCCUAUAUUCUGCACGAGCAGAUUUGCCUGAGCAGAAUCACGUUAUAACCAUGGGAGAGACUUCAGCACAAAAACGCUUUCAGAGAAAGGGCAGCAAACAGGCGAAUGGAUCGAGCAUGAUAAGUUCUGCUCAGACUCUAGAAGAGAAGUUGGCAGAAAAAGAAGAGAGAGAAAAGAUAGUAUUAUGGAGACAUCCUAUACUGACUGUUCAUUAUUUCCUCAGAGAAUGUGGAGUUCUAUCUGUCGAAUACAUGAUUAAACUGUGGAACAAUAAGAAGAUUGUGUUAUUAAUAGCUAUGCUUAUAGGAGGUUACUAUGCUGCUCACAAGACACCUGGCCCUCACCAGCCUCUUCUGCAGAGUGUGGCAAAAGAGUUCUGGUGGUGUGCGUGGUGGAUAUGGCUAGGGAUAUUGUCAUCAGUGGGCUUGGGGACGGGCCUACACACAUUUCUACUCUAUCUAGGACCCCAUAUAGCCUCGGUGACAUUGGCUGCGUAUUCCUGUAACUCGGUAGAAUUUCCAUCUCCGCCAUAUCCUGAUGACAUAAUGUGUCCAGAGGAAGAAGUCGUCGAAAAAGAGAUGUCCAUCUUCAAUAUUAUGUCUAAAGUUCGUCUCGAGGCCUUUAUGUGGGGUGCUGGAACCGCAUUAGGUGAGCUGCCCCCUUAUUUCAUGGCCCGGGGAGCAAGACUUUCGGGACAUGACCCGGAUGACGAGGAAAUGGCAGAAUUUGAAGAACUGCAGAGGUUAAAAGAACGGCCAGAAGAUAUGUCUUUCAUCGACCGGGCGAAGCUGUCGGUGGAGAAAUUAGUUGAGAGAGUAGGGUUCUUCGGUAUCCUUGCAUGUGCUUCUAUUCCCAACCCACUUUUUGAUCUUGCGGGGAUAACCUGUGGGCACUUUCUCGUUCCUUUCUGGACAUUCUUUGGUGCCACUCUCAUCGGGAAAGCCGUCAUCAAGAUGCACAUUCAGAAAAUGUUUGUCAUAAUAGCUUUUAAUGAGUCACUGCUAGCCCGGGCAGUGGGGUUAUUAGCGUUUGUACCAAUUAUAGGAAAUAAGUUGGAACAGCCAUUUAAAACUUUCUUGAAGAAGCAGAAGCAAAAAUUCCACAGAAGACCUGGGACAGGGCCAGAAAGUCAGGAUGGAGCGAAUAUUCUGGCCCGGAUUUUUGAAAAACUUAUUCUCCUGAUGAUUACUUAUUUCAUAGUGAGUAUUAUUAACUCAUUUGCUCAGAGUUACCACAAGAGAAAACAUAAAAGUGAAAGUGAGAAAAAAUUAGCCCAGGACUAAUGGACUGUGCGGUCAGUAAUCCAAGUGAUCUACGUUGAGGUGAUCUGUGGUGUGUUGUUUGGUGGAAAAAGUUGGUGAAGUUUUAGAAAGAAUAUGACUGAACAGGUUGAUGGAACUUUUUAAAACAUCGCAGUAUUUUAAGUUAAUAUGUAAUUUCUUUUGUUUUAAUUAAAAUAACUAAAUGCUUAGGUAAGUUUCAGAA